AUGGCACCUUCAUCUGCCUGGAGCCAGAUCCUUCCCCUCAUACUCACAUUAGUCGUAGUGGCCGGCAUCAGUUUCGUUGUCUAUCAAGUUUACCUCUCAGCCCUCCAGUUCCGCGACUACACGGCCCAGCGCAUGGAACGCAAGAACCUUGCUUUUUCCAAAGACGGCGGUCUGCGCCUAAAUGUCAAGGACGUCAGCGACGAAACCUACCUGGAUCAGACGCAAAGCUGGUUUGUAAAGGCGUGGGAGCUGGGCGUGGAGGAGGAGAACGCGAACAAAAAGAGAAAGAAGGGAACGUUCAGAAAGGCGGCUUAG